GUCUAUGUGUCUGUUCCCUGGAUUUGGGGCUCUGGGGUGGAACCAGCUUGGCCUGGGUGCAUUACAGGAGUAGGAAAGUCAUUUGCCAGGAGGAUUAUGACAGGCUGUUCCAGACCAAGUGCAGCAGCUGCUUGAAGGUGAUCGCCCCCUCCGAGCUCAUCAUGCGGGUGCUGGAGAACGUCUACCACGUUCACUGCUUCUACUGCUGCGAGUGUGAGCGGCGCCUGCAGCGGGGAGACGAGUUUGUGCUCAAGGAGGGGCAGCUCCUGUGCCGCAGCGACUACGAGAAGGAGAAGGAGAUGCUGAGCGCUAUCAGCCCGGCACCCACCGAGUCCGUGAAAAGCGAGGACGAGGACGGCAGCCACCCGCACGGCAAGGGCAGCGAGGAGAGCAAAGACCACAAGCGCUCCAAGCGCCCGCGCACCAUCCUUACCACGCAGCAGCGUCGGGCGUUCAAGGCCUCCUUCGAGGUUUCCUCAAAACCCUGCAGAAAGGUAAGAGAGACCCUGGCAGCCGAGACGGGCUUGACCGUGCGGGUGGUGCAGGUCUGGUUCCAGAAUCAACGAGCCAAGAUGAAGAAGAUUGCUCGCAGGCAACAACAACAGCAGCA